AUGAUAGUGGAGAAUAUUACUGGUUACGAGAAAACGCAAAGCAUCAAAGAAAGCCUUUUCUUUGUAGUAUCAGUAGCUGGACAGGCAAACGACCAUCUUAUAUUUCUUUCAGUGCUGCAUUCUUUUUUGUCUGUUACUGCAGUUGUGGGCAACACUCUGAUCCUAAUCGCUCUCUACAAGGAAUCUUCACUUCAUCCGCCGUCCAAACUACUCUAUCGUAACCUCGCAGUCACUGAUAUAUGCGUUGGCAUUAUUCUUGAACCGCUUGCUUUUACGUAUUGGAUAGCUCAUUUGACUGAACGAUGGACUGUUUGGCGCUAUCCACUCGACUCAAACUUAAUCAUCAGCUAUAUUUUAUGUAGCGUGUCUUUGCUGACAAUGACUGCCAUAAGCGUGGACCGACUUCUCGCCUUGAUGCUAGGUCUCAGGUACAGACACGUUGUGACUUUGAAAAGAACAUAUGCAUCGAUAACCAUGUUUUGGGUU